AUGGUUUGCCCGUGGCACCUUUUUUCCGAAUGCCCCGCAGCUUGCCCCAGAGGCGAGAACGCCAGACGUGAAGAGCGUGAGCUAUCGCGGCGGACAAGUAUUGCUGGUCCCCGACACGCUGACUGGCCCUGCAGAGAUGAACGCUUAGUUGUCCUCGGCGACCGGGUAACUGGUUGGGUCCAUGGUCUGGGCACUCAGGGAGAAUGCCCAGUUGUUCAGGGCCUGAUAGAAUACUCCAAGAUAAUCAAUUUGGGCCACGAUACCGCGGUGGAAGAAAGAAACAUGGUGCAGUCUGUUUCGAAAGAGGAGAUGCACUAUAGAACGGCCCAGCGUCUAGGACUGUAUGGCAUGUAUGAUACAGCUGCCGACUUUAUCAGAAGCGAAAUUAUUCUGCCUCCCACGGACGAAUGGCCUCGACUCACCCCACCUCCCAACACGUCACAGUGGGUGACCUGGGACCUUAACUUCAAUGAUCGGGGCGAUGGGGUCUCUGGAUACACCUGCCCUGGGAUCAUGGUAAUCACACGUGUAGGCCACGCGAACCAAGAGUUGCCCCAUGUCAAUGAUAUCGCCAUCAGUAUGUAUAGGAAAGCGCACGGGGACCUGGACAACUUGGCAUGCAUCUAUGCUUGUCACAUCGGAAACCAGCAGACCUUAGAAGUUAUUCGAAUUGUGCUAGGGGAGACUGCAAUGGCACCUAGGCAGCUGAAGUCUUUUGGACGGCUCAGUGAAGAAUUUGCUCGUAUCGUGGGUACUCGCAUUGGACGUAUUGUUUCAUAUGGCAUCAUUAGAGCCUUUGGUCAAAAUUCGAUGCGCAUUUCCCGGAUCAGUGUCUAUAAAGUCAGUGUCAACGGGUCGUGGAAUCUACGCUUCGAGCUUGAGCGCAUUGCUGCUCCUGGGCCUUAUAUGUGUUGGCACAACCUCAAGACUGGCGAGAAGAGGGAGAUCACAGCGGAGAACAACCCUAAUGACUGGCCAUAG